AUGAGGAAGAUGCGGACUCUCCUUGGCUUUGUGCAUUGCUACUGCUGCUGCUUCUUGCUCCUCCUGCCUCCGCCGCUCUGGGUCAGCCUGGCAGCGGCCAAGCAGCUCCUGAGGUACCGGCUGGCCGAGGAGGGACCCGCCGACAUCCGCAUCGGCAACGUGGCUGCCGACCUAGGGAUCGUGACGGGCUCCGGAGAGGUGACAUUCAGCCUGGAAUCGGGCUCCGACUACCUCAAGAUCGAUAACAUGACCGGGGAGCUGAGCACCACGGAGCGGCGCAUCGACCGUGAGAAGCUGCCGCAGUGCCAGAUGAUCUUCGACGAGAAUGAGUGCUUCCUGGACUUCGAGGUGUCGGUCAUCGGCCCCUCGCAGAGCUGGGUGGACCUCUUCGAGGGCCGGGUCAUCAUCCUGGACAUCAACGACAACACCCCCACCUUCCCUUCCCCUGUCCUCACGCUCACCGUGGAGGAGAACCGGCCCGUGGGGACCCUCUACCUGCUCCCCACCGCCACCGACAGGGACUUCGGCCGCAACGGCAUCGAGCGCUACGAGCUGCUGCAGGAGCCCGGCGGGGACGGGGGACGGCGCGGCGGCGGUGGCGGUGGUGGCGGCGGCGGGGGCGGCGGCGGGGGGGGGUCGGUGCCCACCGGCUCGGAGAGCGCCCUCUACCCCGGCGGCAGCAAGCGGAGGCAGGAGGCGGAUGCAGCGGCCCGCAGCAGCGUGUUCGAGCUGCAGGUGGCCGACACCCUGGACGGGGAGAAGCAGCCGCAGCUGAUCGUCAAGGGGGCGCUGGACCGCGAGCAGCGGGACUCCUACGAGCUGAGCCUCCGCGUGCGGGACGGCGGCGACCCGGCGCGCUCGUCGCAGGCCAUCCUGCGGGUGCUGAUCACCGACGUGAACGACAACAGCCCCCGCUUCGAGAAGAGCGUCUAUGAGGCGGACCUGGCCGAGAACAGCAGCCCCGGUACCCCCAUCCUGCAGCUGCGAGCCGCCGACCUGGACGUGGGGGUGAACGGGCAGAUUGAGUAUGUCUUCGGGGCGGCCACCGAGUCCGUGAGGCGCCUGCUGCGGCUGGACGAGACCUCGGGCUGGCUCAGCGUCUUGCACCGCAUCGACCGGGAGGAGGUGAACCAGCUUCGCUUCACCGUGAUGGCCCGAGACCGCGGGCAGCCCCCCAAGACUGACAAGGCCACGGUGGUCCUGAACAUCCGCGACGAGAACGACAACGUGCCCACCAUCGACAUCCGGAAAAUCGGGCGCAUCCCGCUGCGGGACGGGGUGGCCAGCGUGGCAGAGGACGUCCUGGUAGACACUCCCAUCGCCCUGGUGCAGGUGUCGGACCGGGACCAGGGUGAAAACGGCGUGGUGACCUGCACCGUGGUGGGCGACGUGCCCUUCCAGCUCAAGCCGGCCAGCGAGGGCGAAGGGGAGCCGCAGAACAAGCGCAAGUAUUUCCUCCACACUUCGGCCCCACUGGACUACGAGGCGGUCCGCGACUACAACGUGGUGAUCGUGGCCGUGGACUCGGGCAGCCCCAGCUUGUCCAGCAACAACUCUUUGCUGGUGCGGGUCGCUGACACCAACGACAACCCUCCCGUGUUCGGCCAGGCCGUGCUGGAGGUCUCCUUCCCGGAGAACAACCUGCCCGGCGAGAGGGUGGCCACGGUGGUGGCCACGGACGCGGACAGCGGUAAGAACGCCGAGCUCACCUACUCCCUGGAGCCCUCGCCCCUCUCCUCAGAGACGCCGGGCGGCAUCUUCAGCAUCGACCCUGACUCUGGGGACGUGUCGGUGCAGGCGGUGCUGGACCGCGAGCAGCGCGACACCUACGAGUUCCAGGUAACGGCCCGGGACAAGGGGGUGCCGUCACUGCAGGGCUCCACCACGGUGGUGGUGCGGGUGGCGGACCGCAACGACAACGAGCCGCGCUUCAUGCAGGACGUGUUCACUUUCUACGUGAAGGAGAACCUGCAGCCCAACAGCCCCGUGGGCAUGGUGACCGUGAUGGACUUCGACAAGGGGCGCAACGCUGAACUCAGCCUUUCCAUCCAGCCCGGCGAGCACGACCAGGCAGCCGGCAUCUUCUCCAUCGAGAACGACACGGGAACCAUCUACUCCACCGUCUCCUUCGACCGGGAGCAGCAGACCAGCUACACCUUCAAAGUGAAGGCGGUGGAUGGGGGCGAGCCGCCGCGCUCGGCCACCGCUACCGUGUCCCUCUUCGUGAUGGAUGAGAACGACAACGCGCCCACCGUCACCUUCCCCAGCAACAGCUCCUACACUGUGCUGCCGCCCUCCAGUAACAUGCGCACCGUGGUGGCCACCGUGGUGGCCACCGACGCCGACACCGGCCUCAACGCCGACCUCAACUACAGCAUCGUCGGGGGCAACCCCUUCAAGCUCUUCGAGAUCGACCCGGCCAGCGGCGUGGUGUCGCUGGUGGGCAAGCUGGCCCCCAAGCACUAUGGCCUGCACCGCCUCGUGGUGCAGGUGAACGACAGCGGGCAGCCGCCCCAGUCCACCACCGCCCUGCUCCACGUCUUCGUCAACGAGAGCCUGUCCAACGCCACCGUGGUGGAGAGCCAGGUGGCCCGCAGCCUCCACACGCCUCUGGCCCAGGACAUCGCCGGCGACCCCAGCUACGAGCUGAGCAAGCAGCGGCUUAGCAUUGUCAUCGGCGUGGUGGCCGGCAUCAUGACCGUCAUCCUCCUCAUCCUGGUGGUGGUCAUGGCCCGCUACUGCCGCUCCAAGGGCAAGCACGGCUACGAGGCCGGCAAGAAGGACCACGAGGACUUCUUCACCCCGCAGCAGCACGACAAGGCCAAGAAGCCCAAGAAGGACAAGAAAGGCAAGAAGGGCAAGCAGCCCCUCUACAGCAGCAUCGUCACCGUCGAAGCCUCCAAGCCCAACGGGCAGCGCUACGACAGCGUCAACGAGAAGCUCUCGGACAGCCCCGGUAUGGGGCGCUACCGCUCGGUCAACGGGGGCCCGGGCAGCCCCGACCUGGCCAGGCACUACAAGUCCAGCUCGCCGCUGCCCACCGUCCAGCUGCACCCCCAGUCCCCCACCGCCGGCAAAAAGCACCAGGCCGUGCAGGACCUGCCCCCGGCCAACACCUUCGUGGGCGCCGGCGACAACAUCUCCAUCGGGUCGGACCACUGCUCCGAGUACAGCUGCCAGGCCAGCAGCAAGUACGGCAAGCAGGUGGAUACAAUGCAGACUACGCAGCACCCUGGCCACAUUGAGGAAUCAUGUAAAAUGAAUCCAUUUCGUAGAGUGACGUUUUCUGUUGUGAGUCAGCCUCAGGACCCACAUCAAGGGUCAUUGCAGAGUUGCUAUGACAGCGGUCUGGAGGAGUCAGAAACACCAAGCAGUAAGAGUUCAUCAGGGCCAAGACUGGGUGCCCUUCCACUCCCAGAGGACAACUACGAAAGGACUACGCCGGAUGGCAGUGUUGGUGAGGCAGAGCAUAUGGAAAAUGAUUCAAGGCCUCUGCCAGAUGUAGCCCUGACAGGGAAGUGUACCCGAGAAUGUGAUGAAUAUGGCCACUCGGACUCCUGCUGGAUGCCAGUUCGCACUUCUCCUGAAAGGAAGCAGAAGAGCCAGCCAAAACUCUCCACUUUCAUGCCUGUUGAUGAACGGGGCAGUCAGGAAAAGCUGGCCAAUGGAGAAGCUUCCCUCAUGGGUGAUCGCAACAGAAACCUCCUUAACAAAAAGUUGACCUCAUCUUAUGAGACCUUCAGCGCGGCUAGUUUCAGCAAAAAAGAAGAAGGCAAUCCAGAGGAUAUCCCCCUUACACAGACAGGGGAAUACAAGCCAUCUCCUGUCAAUACUCUAACUAGAAGAGAAGUUUACCUGUAGGCUAAAAAGCAGCAACAAAAUUCUUUCAUGUUAUAGGAAAGAAAAAGGGGUAAAAGUCCUAAAAGCAAAACAAUUUUAACAAAAAAUAAGAAACAAAAAGAGGAGGCCACCAAAGAGACAAAAGCUCUGCCUGCCACUUCUGCCUCCAUAGCAGGCAUUUAAUUAUACUGUCUGCCUGACUAUACUGUACAAUGUAGAAAAUGUUGUUACUUGCAUGUCUAAUCCCCCCCACCGAUUUUUAUUUUCCUAAAUCUAUGGUGCAAAUUCCUCCCAUAGUAAUGAGCUUGAUUAAAAAGAACACAACACAACGUUGUUUCCCCUCUGCAGAAGCAUGAGUUAUGCCACUCAUUUUGUUUGAUUGUCAUCUGGCUUGUUAAGGGUAACAGGUCAGGGAAAAUGUAUUCAAAACAUAUCAUCUGAAUAUUGCUGAUCCCCACCAGGGACAAUCCUUCAGAAACCAUGCAGAUAUAGAGAUAAAUACAAAAGAAUAAUCAUUAAUAGACACUUUGUGAAGACCACAGCUUUAAUAUUCUCACCUCUCAUCUGAGGCUGGAAGCAACAGAGAUAUGUUCAGCCUGAGACUGCAGUCCAAAACAAGGCAUACUUUCCUGUGAAUCAUGAACUCUGGUUCUGUUUUAUCCAUAGAACAAAUGUGUUCUUGCUGUGUCUCUUUCUCUCCUCCUCUCUUGUUCUCUGUAACGAUUACUUCAAUGUAAACGCAAUUAGUAACACAUAUACUGUAGCAUAGUAAUGAUAAACUCUUUAAUUAAUUAUUUUGGACAAGACUAACAUCUAGCUGGGAAGAUAAUAAUAACAAAAAGGCCAAAGAUCACACUAUGGAUCAGGGGAACUGCUAAGUAUUGGGGCUUGGCAUAGAAAACUAAUAUACUCACAAAUAAGACGUACUCAUAACACACCUUCAGUUACAGUUUGCACAGCAGCACAAUCCACAAGCCCAGCUGACAUAAUAUUUUUUCCAAUGUGGUUCAGUUGAAUGCCCAAAGGAACUGAUUUUUAAAAUUUUCUUUUUUUUUUUUUUUUUUUUAAAAAAUGAUGCAAUAUGUUGCAGCAAGUGCUGUAUGAUACUGCCAGUUCCAGGGAAUUUUUAAGAUCAUAAUUAAAAAAUAAUAGUAGUGCUAGAAGGCUGCGUUAUAACGAGACUGCUUGGUAAGAUGGAGAAGUGGAUAAUGGGAUGAUGCAGUAAUGAGAAUAUUACAACUCAAAUACAAAGCCUUCUUUUCAGAGCACAAGGAAUGAUUGCCAAGUCUUUUGUCAUCAGCGUUGCAGAUUACCAAUUGAUUUGAUUGCGUCAAAGAUGUAAUGCAGGUUUUUCUUGAAACACAAGUGCAUUAAAGCCGAAUGAAGUGCAAUACUAAACAGUGUCAAGACUCAGAACAUUUAGGCUAGGUAGAAAAUAAACAGUGAUAUGAUACUCACCUAGUAGGUCAAGAUGAGUUGAAAGGAAUCCAAACUGUCCACAAUAUGCAAGAGCUCUGGGCUGUAAUGAUUCUCAUGGUGAGCACUUCAUGAAAGAAAGGGGAAAUAAAACAGGUUUUUGUGCAAUAAGAGCUACAAAACAUGCAGAACUUCAGUCAGUUGCUUUGUAGCUGAUGCUGUAGUAAUAAUGACAAACUGAGCUCAGACAUUCAGACAAAAGUGACAAUCGAAUGACACAGCUUGAGAAGGGGAAAAGCAUUCAAAUCCCUGGCCGUUUAACCUGGCGUUAAGGCAUGGCUAGAUGGCUCUUUAGUAUACUGUAGUCACAAUGUAGCUUUGGGUAGUUUCUUGCUUUGAAGAACUGCAUAGAAAUAACCUUAAACAGCCUAUAGUAGAGGUUGCUAAAUCAAUACAACUCAUUGCAUUUAUCUUCUGAAUUCACUUCUCCACAUAGUGGGAUGUGCCAUUUCUGGCCAUUUCAUUCUUCUCAAGUUUACUUUCUUCAUGUAACAUCAGUUUGUGUAUAGCAGUUAUGAUGAAUGGGCACAUUUUAGAAAGAAAAUAUUAAAGUUUAAUAAUGAUUGAACAUUCUUAUGUUUAAUUAUUUAAGUAAUACGGAGAGAUGCAAACUAGUACUUUGUUAUGAGACUGCAUAAAGCAGUUACUGCUUUGUAUAAUCUGUAAGUACCUGUUUAAAAAUGCUUCUAAAAUGCUUAUGUAAUGUAUACACAUUUUUCUUGCACGUUUCAACAGAAUACACAACUGCAUAACAAAUGUUCAACAGAAUUUCCUUUAAUAAGGUUUUAUUUAAUAUUACACACAAAAAAUUAGGUAGCUUGGUUCAAUAUAUCGUUAAACCCUUUGUCUACAAGGCUAAUGAUACAGGUCAUAGAUACAGGUCAUAGAAGACCUUCAGAUUAAAUGGAUCAGCAGUCACUCACCGAUUUUUGCACCACAUAAGACAGUCAUUAAAUACUUUACUUGUGUGCAUCUCCUUAGAACUAAAAUGGGUGUGAAAGAAUUUUUUUAAAGUUGUCUACUGUAAGUAUUCACAACAAUUCUAGUAGAACUAGCCACUAUUAACAUGCUGAUUACUCUUCUGACCUGGCAUGACACACAAAUAUAUUUUGUGUUUGUAUUUUUCUUUUUAUUUCAAAUAGGUUAAAUUUGGUGCCACUCCAUAAAUAGAGUGCUUUUGUAUAAAAAUAAACAAAUAAACUAUAAAAAAUAAUUAGGGUGAAUGCAAAAUAUGCAACUGUGCCUUUUAUACCUGUUAUUAUGGUAAAGUGGUAGUUGGGUUUGGACACUGAGGAAUAAGGGGCUAUUCCCAACCUUUUUGAACCUGUAUAUUUACCUGUGUUUAUUUUCUGAGAAAUUAUAAAUAAUAUAUUAAAAAUAAGCCUUUUGCCAAACUCAGUUAAUGGACCAGUCUUAAGCAUUAUUAACACAAGGCUGUGGUUUAAGUAUGUCUUGAGAUUUUUUUUUUUUUCUUUUUUAACUUAAUAUUUGUGUGAGGUUUGGGAUUGUCUUCAUUUGCUUUUCGAUUCUGCUGCCUGGAGAACAAUGAUCGGUCUCUAUUAUAGUUGUUUAGCAAGGUGUCAGCAGUUCAUGUUGCCAGUAAAAUUGACAAGUAAUUUCUUUUUAAUUGCUUUUAGCUGCCAUCACAUUUCAGUUGUACAGUAUAGGAAUCAUCCUUUUAUUUCUUUCCAUGGGAAACUCAAAUGAGCUUUGCAUGUAUUUUACAUUAGGGCACCUUUAUAGAUUGAUGCGUUAGUAUAUAACUUUAUAUGUAUUAGAAAAUUCAAUAGCUUUGGUCUAAAAUCUAAUGCUCAUUUUGGAUCUGAGAUCCACUAUGUUUAUUCAAUAUGGUUUCUGACUGGCCUGCUGCCUGAGUUUCAGGAAAAAUAAUAAUAAUAAAAAAGUUAAACAUUAUUUUUAUGUGGGGGAAGAACUUAAAUGGGAUUGAAAUGAUUGACUGAAAGGCUACCCUAGGAAGUUGUCAACUAGGAAAAUAAGGAGUAUGGCUGAAGACUUGCCAUAAGCACAGCCACCACCAAACACUUUUAAGGACUUGAAAAAUUAAAUAUUUUUCCUUUACUUUCAUUGGUGAUAAAUAUACAGUGUUUCCUCAAGGAAUGAAGCAAAUGAAAUAGCAAUAGAGAUGAAAGCCCAUCAGUUAAGUUGUGUUACUGACAGAAGAGCAUACACAGAAGAUACAAGACAAUAGUUACCAGCUACCUGGGGUACACUUUCAGACAACUUUUUCCUAAAUUUUAAGCACUUGCAUUCAAUGUGGUACGAUCUGUUUGUAAUAUUAAUCAUUGACUAUUGUUCUGCAACUUGGAUGUUGAUAGUGAAGCAGAGAACAAUUUAUCAUUGUUUAUUAUGAGUCACUAUGCACGCAACUAUGCUAAACAUGGCAAAAUGUAUUAAACGCUAGUCCACCUCUAUUUAUGAAAUAUUUACAUAAUUUAAUUUGCUUUUGUACAGUUUUAUGUAAAUAAAUUGCUUGUCAUUUUUGUCUCUGCAAAUUAAAAUAUAACAUGUUCAACUGGUUGCCCAUUUGCCAUUGUACUUUCUCUGACAGGCUACUCCACUUUGACUGGAUUAAAACACAUGGUAGUUUGCAUAUUUAACCUAUAUUUUGCAUGGCAAAGAUGAAGCUGCCUUUGUAAGUGGCCACUUCUUUAACUGCUGAUGUAGCUGAGGUUUUACUUGUCUACAGAGUGAAAUGCAGUAGGGAUUAUUCACUCUCAGGACUGUAUACAGCUAUUUUCACGGUCAAAAUAAAGUACUUGUAAUGACUGAAGUUGCUUCCCAUUACUGUUCAAAAUGGCUUCUUCUUGAGGUAUGGUUAAAGCAUUAAUCUUACGGGAAAUAAGAUUUGAGUAAAAGCUCAGAUAUUUCCAUUAUGGAAUGACAAUUUUGUAGUUAUCUACAAGGUUGUUUGUUUUUUUUUUUUCCCCAAGAAGUUUAGAACUAUUAAUUCGUGAAGUGUCAGUGAAGCAUCUAUGUUGAAAAGAACAAAGCAAUUAAUGCAGUAUUUCAUGAAUCAAAUCAUCCAUCUCAGCAUAACAACAGAUUGAGAACAAACUAUCCUCAAGAAGGAACAUCUGAGAAGCAGAGUUUAUCCCUUUGCUGUCUGCAUCACAGUCCGUUUGUUUGCUUGUUUUAAAAUAAAGCAGGUACUAAAGCAGCCAUUUAGUUGACAUUUGCAUCAGUUGUAAUAUGUGAAAAAUAUGCUUAGAGAAGAGGAAGAAAAGGUUAAAACAUUUGUUUCCCUUGCCCCCCAUUUGUGCUGUUUUAUACUAAAUACAGUACUACUACAGAGACUUUGCAAAUUAUUGUACAGAAUUCCCCACUGAACAACACAAAAUGCUUUUUCUAGGUUUUUACUUUAGUUACAGAUUAGGCUUUGAUUUGUUGUGAAUAAAUACAGGCUGGCCAAGACUUUUUUUUUCCUUUUUCUUUUAAAUAAACUUUACAUUGCAAAUUUAUUUCUCUGACUGUGCUUUCAGUUAACAUUGUCUGGUCUUCUCUAAUGAAUGUAUCAAGAAAGAUUCUUCCCCUCCCAUAAGCAGAGGUCUAAAUCUGCAUGCUUGUGGAGAGAAUUCAAUCCACCAACUGACCCCAAAUCUCCCACAUCACACUUGAAUGAGCUACCCCUAACCUCUUUCAGCAGUAGCAGUACUUUAAUGAGUGACUUCAAUCAAGCUUUCAUGUUUAUUUUAUAUUAGAUGUAGUAUACAAGGCAUGACCUUAUGUUUGUU